ACGCUGGGAGGUACGACGCAAGUGACGCCAUCCCGUCCCCUUCCACUCUCGUUCUCCGUCCGUGUCUCCCUCCUCCCAGAGCAUCCUUCUCACCUCCGCCAUCGCCAUCUUCAUCAUCGCUCGACUCUCGUCUCGUCCUUUCGCCGGGCCUUCAUCCUCUACCUCCUCCUCUUCAUCAUGUCCGCCGCCAAGCAGGGCGACCGCAAGGGUUCGGGCGAGUGGCGUGAGUUCUUCUGGAACCCGCGCACGCACGAGGUGCUGGGUCGAACCGCGGCCAGCUGGGGUCUGAUCCUGCUUUUCUACCUGGUCUUCUACCUGUUCCUGGCCGGGAUGUUCACGCUCACCAUGUACAUCAUGCUGCUGACGCUGGACGACUACAAACCCACCUGGCAGGACCGCCUCGCCACACCAGGGAUGAUGAUUCGUCCGAAGGGCAAUCAGCUGGAGCUCACCUACUCCCUGACGGAGACGAAAAGCUGGGAAGGCUUUGUGCAGAAUCUCGACUCCUUUUUGACUCCCUACGACGACACCCAGCAGGUCCAGAUGAAUGACGACUGCCUCCCCGACCAGUACUUCAUCCAGGAGGACAGUGGAGAGGUGAGGAAUAAUCCCAAGCGCUCCUGUCAAUUCAAUCGCUCAAUGUUGGAGGAAUGCUCGGGGUCUCCCGAUCCUUCCUAUGGUUACAGCCGAGGGCAGCCCUGCGUGCUGAUCAAACUCAACCGGGUGAUCGGGAUGCUUCCGGGAAAGGAUGGACAAUCUCCUUUUGUCACCUGUGCAGCCAAAAGGGAAGACAGCGACAAGAUGGGACCUCUGGCUUAUUAUCCACCAAAUGGAAGCUUCAACCUCAUGUAUUACCCUUAUUAUGGCAAGAAAGCUCAGGUGAACUACACUCAGCCGCUGGUGGCCGUCAAGUUCCUGAACGCCUCUCUCAACACCGACAUCGACGUUGAGUGCAAAAUCACCUCCAACACGCUCGCUCCCGGCAGCGAGCGAGACAAAUUCGCCGGCCGUGUGUCCUUCAAGCUACGAAUCGACAACAAGUAGCCGCGCGGCGUGGAACGCGCAAGGCUGCAACCGUCAACGCACCGCAGUCAUGACUCUGACCACACACGGUUUUGCACCACUUCGCACCCAAAGUUGCUGAACAAUCACAGCGCCCUCGCAGUUUGACGUCAGCCCACCAGAAUCUCAGUCUACCUUGCCUAACCUCAAUCAAGCCAUUUAUUUAUAUAUAUAUUUAUCUAUCUAUUUAUUUAUUUAUGCACUCACUUUCACCAUAUCCUGGAACCUUGGCUGGCACUUCUGUCAUUUAGUCCAGCGGCUCUCAAACUGGGGUUUCCUCACCACCCUAGUGCACAAGCUGUAGCUGGAGAGUCCGCAAAAAUAAUUUGCAAUAAGACAAUAUUUCAUAUCAUUUUAAAAAAUAAGUGCAUAUCUACGUAUGAGGAAAGGUACGCCAACAAAAUAUACACAAGACAAUUAUUUCUCCCUACCUUGGAUUUAUGUAAACUCUGAUCAGACUAUGUAUGAUCAAGUAAAUUUGACAAAGGAAUGAAGUUGUUUUUUGGGGGGGACUAGAAUAAAAAGUGUAAUAGUGUGAGGAGAAAUUGUGCAGGAUUUCCUUCCUUCGUUACAUUUUAACUUUAAUAUCGUGUAUUGGAAAACCCUGAAUUUAUUCACAAAGGAUUAUGACUGUAAAUAUGUUUGCUGAAAAAAUAUGAGUUUAUCCUCAUAAGUGUAUCAGGUUUUUUUUAUUUUUACCCCCUCACUCCAAACAAAAGUGAUAAUCAAAAUGUGACAAAAUUACGAGUCUAUUGUUGUAUUUGUUGGCAGCCAAAGUAAGUCCGGUGUCACAAUGGUGUUUUUUUCUAUUCAAUUAGUUUCUGACUUCACAAACAGUUUGUCUUAGUGAUUUUUUUAUGUACUGUACUUUCCUCACAAAUCUUCUCUCUUCCAAUCACCUUCGUUUGUGUGCAACCAAUCAUGAUGUAUGAUGUCAUGUGAUUUGGGUUGUCCUGUCUGAACAUAACCACGUGAUUAAAAACAACGAUUUUGUUCCUUU